AUGCCGAAGUCAAAUGUUGUCAAAGAUCAGGUUGCAAUCCCAGGGGACACUCAAGUUCUUGGAGAUAAUCAGGAUCAACAAAGCACAAGCUAUAAUCCUUGGAAAAAUGAUAGUCUCAAUGCACUUAGCAAAGAAGAGGAUGUGAAACCUUUGGAAUUGAAGAAGAAGGAAUUAGAAAAGUUAGAACAAAGACGAGAAAAAGAGAGGAUCAGAAUUGAAGAAUCUCAGCGUAGAGAGACUCAACUUGGAAAGGAUGGAGAUGAUACCCCUGGAGUCCCAAUUGAUGAGACAAUUCCUAUCAGAAGUAAAGCUAUCCUAGAAGCGUUGACUAGAGCACUUGAUGCAAAGAAUGGCAACAAAGCCAGGAGGUUAGUCACGGAGUUCGAUGACUCCUUUGGUCAAAUGGUAUCAAUGGCGUACAAUGACUGGAACCCAAAGCCGAAAAAUAAGGGUACUUCUGGUGCUACUCAGCAAGUAGGUCAAUUAUCUACAAAUGUGGAAGAUUUGAGUCAUCUGUUAGCCUCAAUUUCUGGAGGUACGAAACAGAAAGACACUCCUGACCUACCUUCUCAAGGAGUACUGGAGGUGAAACAAACUAGAGGGAAAAAGAAGAAACGCAAGGCUAAGAAUCAAGAGAAUCCUAGUGAUGACUUGUCUUCAUCCUCAAAUGACUCAAUCUUUCCAGAACCCAAGCCUAAGGUCAAAAAGAAAAAGACUAUCACGUCCUCAGACGAUUCAGAAGCUUCGAAGCCGAAGAAAAAGAAGAAAAAGAGAUCCAAUAAAAAAACGGUAGACUCCGGUGCAUCUCACCAUUGUGGUAAAAGAGGUGGUGGGAAUAAGAAACACUAUGUCAAGAAGACAUAUCCAAAUCGCUAUCACAAGAGUGGAAAUGGAGAAAAUCAAACUGGUGAUUCCCAACGAGCGUCAACCUCGUCAUUUCCGACACAAGCUCUUAAACCUUGGUAUGCCAAUAAAAAUCCCAAACAAGCUGCAACUCCUGCAACUCAGAAACCAAGUGAGACACAAAAUACGUGA